ACUCUCCAUUCGCUGCCAUCUGCACCACUCCGCCUUCCGCUAGGAAAUUCGACUCGUUUUGUAUGUUGUCAGUCGGAUUUCCAUAACAGAUGGGCCACUGAGGAUGAUGGGAGAAAGAUGGCGCUACCCGUACUGAGGUGCUGCAGCUGUAACAGGCCCGUUUCGAUUCUGAUUCGGUACUUUAUAUCUAAGUCAUUUUUAGCGAAUCAGUCCAGACGACUCGCCCCCGUGGCGUCUGCAGUGUGUGAUGUGCGUCAGUACAGCUCUGAGCGGGGGAGACACGAGCAGAACCAAAAGGUUGUGGUUGUUGGCGUCCCGAACCCCUUCAUCUGGUUCCGAACCCGCAUCUACUUCUUUCUCAUCCGAGCUUACUUCGACAAAGAGUUUAGCAUUGAGGAGUUCACGGAAGGAGCCAAACAGGCUUUCUCGCACGUAUCAAGAUUGCUGUCUCAGUGUCAGUUUGAGGCUCUUGAGGGAUUAGUAGCUAAAGAUCUAAUAGGGAAACUUGAGGAAAAAUGCGCUCAAUUGCCUUUGAGCCACCAGAGGGCGCUGUCAGCUGAGUCCGAUGAGAUCAUGUACACAACAACAGGAGAUGUGGGCAUUUACUAUGAUGAUAGCGGGAGGAAAUAUGUAAGUAUUUUGAUGCGUUUUUGGUACUUGACGAGUGCCAGACUUCCAGAUGAGAGUAUGGAGGGAGCGAGAAUAUUCCAGGUUGUCAUUGGUGGGGAAGGAGAGAGACCAGAGACCAAGAGAUUGUUGACAGCCAAUUAUGAAUUCCAAAGGGAGUUUACCCAAGGCGUGAUUCCAGAUUGGAUCAUCACAAGAAUAGAGCACUCAAAACUUCUUGACUAAGUGUGUUUAACUUGCAGAGGAGAGAUGUAUUUUUCAUGCUUUUUUUUUUGUUUAAUAUUGCUCAACAUGCCAAAACAUGUAGGCAAGAUUCACUGGAAAAAAUAAUGCUGCAAUAUUGUCAGCUCCAGGUACUUUCCAUGGGCAAUAGAAAGUUAUAAAUGUUGACUUCCUGUGUGCUUCCGUGUAUUGCUGAUCUCACAUUAAUAACUUUUACAUUAAUAUGUUUGUAAUUUAUGGUUGGCUCCUGAUUGAUCAGUUUGGUCUUUUAAAAAAAAGGUGCUGUUGUUUUUUUAAACUUUGUGUGAUGAGUUUUGGGGUCAGGUUGACUGCACAUUGCACAAACUGUGCAACUGAACUGUAAAACUAUACAAGAAAAAAGCAAUCCUUUAGUAUUGAAGACAUACAGACUGCUGCCUGGAUACUUUGAAAGACAGGUUCAUACAGAAUGAUGAACUGACCAGUAAGCUCUGUAACGGUUUUAUCAAAAAUUCCAUGUUAUGUAAAAUAUUUUAGUGCAAAAAAAACAACAACAACAACAUGAAUAAAAUGUGAUAGAAAACCAACUAACAUGAUUUUUAAUGUCACCAUGUUUUAAUGUUUCCAUAUUCAUAUUGAGGCACACAAUGGGGAUAUGAAAGUGUACUGCAUAAUAUGAAUUCCUCAUUAAUAUUAUGUACGUUCCCUUGCUUUAAACUUAAGCUUUCAAGAUGACACGACGGACCAUGGAUUUCUCCUCUAUUUACGC